UUUUACUGUUUCUCGGAUCACAAAGCUAAAGCUUCCCAUGUAAAUUCAUCGUCUUCCGCAUCUUCCUCUGCAUACUCAGCUCCUAGUCCUGUCGUGUCCCAACUCAUCACACCAUGAAGCCUUCACUGGUCUUUCUCCUCCCCCAUGCUCUCUCCUUUCUCAUCCUCUGCUCAGUCUCAGCUCAAACCCAUGAUGGGCAGCCACCGGCAUCUCGGAUCAAGUUCGACAUGGGAGGGCUCAGCAGAGAGAGCUUCCCGAAGGGCUUCAUCUUCGGGACAGCAACCUCCGCUUUUCAGGUCGAAGGAAUGGCCGACAAAGAUGGCAGGGGACCCAGUACUUGGGAUGUUUUCGUCAAAAUUCCUGGAAAGAUCGCCAAUAAUGCGACCGCUGACGUUGCUGUGGAUCAAUACCACAAGUAUAAGGAGGAUGUUGAUCUGAUGCACAAGUUAAAUUUCGAUGCCUACCGGUUCUCCAUCUCGUGGUCGAGGAUAUUCCCAAAUGGUACAGGGAAAGUUAACUGGCAAGGAGUGGCUUACUAUAAUCGGUUAAUUGAUACCUUGAUCGAAAAAGGGAUAACUCCAUACGCCACUCUUUAUCACUCUGAUUUUCCCGAAGCACUUGAGGAGCGAUAUAAAGGGUUCCUGAACCUGAAAGUUGUAAACGAUUUUGCUGAUUAUGCAGAUUUCUGUUUCAAGACAUUUGGGGACAGAGUUAAAAACUGGAUGACCUUUAAUGAGCCGAGAUUAGUGGCGGCUCUUGGCUAUGAUAAUGGAAUGGUUCCCCCCAACCGGUGUUCCAAGGAGUAUGGAAAUUGUACUGCUGGCAACUCUGCAACGGAACCUUACGCUGUGACCCACCAUUUGCUGUUAUCCCAUGCAGCAGCGGUUAAAAUAUAUCGCGAGAAACAUCAACCUAAGCAAAAGGGCAGAAUUGGAAUAGUUUUGGAUUUUGGAUGGUACAAACCCCUUACAAGAUCAAAGGCCGACAAUUAUGCUGCGCAGAGAGCAAGAGAUUUCCAUCUUGGAUGGUUCUUGCAUCCACUUGUAUAUGGUGAAUAUCCAAGAACAAUGCAAGGAAUCGUCGCUGAAAGGCUCCCUAGAUUUAGGAAAAGGGAGGUUGAUAUCGUGAAGGGAGCUUUCGAUUUUAUAGGCAUCAACCACUACACCACAGACUACAUAUACGAUCCUCAUCGGCCUAAGCCGAAGGUACCAGGUUACCAAGCAGACUGGAAUGUAGGAUAUGCUUAUUAUCGCCGGGGAGUUCCUAUCGGACCGAGGGCGAAUUCAUAUUGGCUCAAGAUAGUCCCGUGGGGCAUCAGAAAGGCAGUCUUGUAUGUCAAGGAACGCUAUGGAAAUCCCAACGUGAUCAUCACAGAAAACGGAAUGGAUGAUCCCGGCAAUCUCACUCUGCCCAGGGGUUUGCACGACACAGCGAGAAUCGACUACUACAGAAGCUACUUGAAGGAGCUGAAGACGGCGAUUGAUAACGGAGCGAAUGUCACAGGCUAUUUUGCUUGGUCUCUGGUCGACAACUUCGAGUGGAUGUCGGGCUAUACCUCGCGGUUCGGGAUAGUUUACAUUGAUUACAAAGAUCUUUCUAGGCAUCCAAAGAUGUCUGCCUACUGGUUCAAGAAGUUGUUGGAGAGAGAGAACGUUUAGUCCCUUUUAAUGCAUUAAUGCAUUAGACUGGUCAUCCUUUAUGGGCUAUGGUGAAACAGAAUCACAUCGAUCACUCCUUGGAUAAGCUUAGAUUUCUGCAGUAAUAUUUAAUGAUCUCUUAAUUUUUUUCGAUUA